AUGUCGGUUCUAUUCACGAGCAUCUCGGAGACUAAUCCCGUCAAAUAUGGCGACGCAGAAGCUCUCCUCGAGCCACUCGGCCUGGCAAUAGACCCAACGGAGUCGCAAGACUUCCAGACCUUACUAGCAGCAGUCCACGACUGCGCCGAAGGUGUAGCCGCCUUACCAGACUACCAACCAAUCCCCGAUCAAGUCAAAUACCCGCGCGAGGACAUUCGCCGGCCAAAGGCCGAUGAACAAGUCUUCGGACAAGCCUGGGCCCACCGAUUCCUAAUCCGCGGCAAUGCAAAGGGCCCACUAGCUGGCAAAUCCGUCAGCUUGAAAGACGUGAUUGCGGUCGCGGGCGUGCCUCAACUUUUGGGGAGCGAUAUAAUCCCGUCCUGGACUCCGACGACAGAUGCAACAGUUGUUACUCGACUGUUGGAAGCUGGGGCGGAUAUCGUCGGGACUUCGACGUGCGAAAACCUUUGCCACUCUACUUCUUCGUAUACUAGUGCCCAAGGCACGGUGGAGAAUCCUCAUGCGGUGGGAUACUCGGCUGGCGGGAGUACAUCUGGAGGCGCGGCGCUAGUCGCAGCUGGGGAGGUGGAUAUUACGAUCGGAGGUGAUCAGGGUGGGAGUAUUCGGGUUCCUGCUUCGUUCUGUGGAUGUGUUGGAUUGAAGCCUACACAUGGGCGCGUUCCUUUCACUGGAAUCGCUAGUGGCGAUGCAAUGAAUGAUCAUGCAGGUCCGCUGACUCGAACCACAUUUGAAGCUGCUAGAUGUCUAGACAUUAUUGCUGGAUAUGAUGGAAUCGACGACAGGGCUCUUGGUAGCGCGAAGCCGGGCUCAACUGAUUUUGAGCUCGCCAUUCAGAAGGCUGACAGUCUUGACGGGUACAAGAUCGGCAUCCUGAAUGAAGGAUUCCAGCAUAGUGCCGUGAGCCCUGCCGUUAGAGAAACCGUCUUGGCCGCAGUCCAGAAGUACAAAGAUCUGGGCGCAACGGUUGAAGAAGUAUCUCUUCCAGACCAUCUGCAAGGACCUGCGAUUUGGACCAUUCAACAGCGAAUCGCCGGAGCGCAGACCUUACUCGGUCAAAACACCGGACGAAGAGGCCUCUACAUGACUGAGAUGGAAAGCGCCCGUCUCCCAUGGACAGACGAUGGCUUCCAGCGCGCAUUCCCAUCCACCAAGAACGUCAUCAUCAACGGUCUCUAUCUCACGCAAAAGUUCCCUGAUCUCUACGGCAAAACCGCCAAUUUCGGACGAUACCUUUCUGAUAAGUAUCAAGAGCUAUUUACGAAAUAUGAUGUUCUGGUGAUGCCUACAACGCCGGUCGUUGCGCCUCGCCAUGGCAAGCGCGAGUUGCCCCUGGAUUCCCUCAAGCCUAGCAUGGGCUUGACUAUCAACACUGCCAUUUUCAAUGUGACGGGACAUCCGGCACUGUCUAUACCUGUUGGGUUUGCGCCGGCCAAGGAUGAUGAUCAGGUUAUGCUUCCGGUUGGAAUGCAGAUUGUGGGUGGGUUGUGGCAGGAGGAAAAGAUUCUGCGGGCUGGUCAUGUCUGGGAGAGGCAUUAUGAUUGGAAGAAGAUGCAGUAUUCCACGAAUAAGAACUAG